AAUGGUGAUCAGGUUUUCUCCUCUGGGAACACAGAAAUGGAAAAUCGCACUUUCCUGACUGAAUUCAUCCUGGUGGGCUUCUCAGCAGACCCCCGCUGGCAGCUGAUUCUAUUUGGAGUAUUUCUGAUGCUGUAUUUAUUAACUUUGUCAGGCAACACGACCCUUGUUAUCCUAAUCUGGAUGGAUUCCCGCCUGCAUACACCUAUGUACUUUUUCAUUGGCAACCUUUCCUUUUUGGAUUUCUGGUACACCUCUGUGUACACCCCCAAAAUCCUGGCCACCUGUGUCUCAGAAGACAAACGCAUCUCCUUGGCUGGAUGUGGGGCCCAGCUAUUCUUUUCCUGUGCCGUUGCCUACACUGAGUGCUAUCUCCUGGCAGCUAUGGCAUAUGACCGCCAUGCGGCCAUCUGUAACCCACUGCUUUAUUCAAGUAUCAUGUCCACGUCGCUGUGUACUCGGCUUGUUGCUGGCUCCUAUGUAGGGGGAUUGCUAAAUGCCAUAGCCCAUACUGCCAACACGUUCCGCCUGCAUUUCUGUGGUAAAAACAUCAUUGACCACUUUUUCUGUGAUGCACCACCAUUGGUAAAAAUGUCCUGUACAGACACCAGAGUCUAUGAAAAAGUUCUGCUCGGUGUGGUUGGCUUCACAGUUCUCUCCAGCAUUCUUGUCAUCCUGAUUUCCUAUUUCAACAUCCUGCUGGCUAUCCUGAGGAUCCGCUCAGCCUCAGGGAGGUGGAAGGCCUUCUCUACUUGUGCAUCCCACAUCAUCUCAGUCAUGUUCUUUUAUGGGUCUUUGCUCUUCAUGUAUUCCAGACCUAGCUCCACCUACUCUUUGGAGAAAGACAAAGUGGCUGCCCUGUUCUAUACGGUGCUCAAUCCUCUGGUCAACCCUCUCAUCUACAGCGUAAGAAACAAAGACGUCAAAGAGGCCUUUAGGAAAGCAACACAAAGCAUAUAUCCACAAUCAUGA